AUGGCCAAUAACACAAACAGCAUGAACACAAGCACAUCCCACCAAGCCAACCCAACAGCCUCCAGCUCAACCACCACCGCAAACCCUUCUUCAACAACCACCCCAUCCCUCCGCUUCCCUCCUCCGUCAUACCAUUCCCAAACCCUCGUCCGCAACCCCCUCCCCCCCGCCCUCACCACCAUCCACACAAGCGGCACCAUCGUCCUCCCCUACGAUGACAACACCACCUACCAGCCUACUACGCGUUCGCCCAAGAGACCAAACAUCGUCAGGGAGUCGCUAACCGCAUGUGUGGAAUACUGCUGCCUCCCGAGAGUGCCUCCUCCGUCGGAGUGGUCAAGCGACUACUCCUCUUCAACACCGUAUCCUUCCUCGCUGUCUUCGUAUACGACGGAUUCGUAUAGGAGAACGGAGAGUAGCAUGCGCUCUCGAGACCGGAUGAGCGAUGCCGAGCCCGUACAGGCGGAGAAUGUGUCGAAGAAAGAUCUUGGUUAUGCGAAGCAAGAACGGAUGUCUUCGACAAAAGAAGCGGGAAGCGAGUCCUCCUCGUGGCAAUGUUGCAGACGAUGUUCAGAUACCCCCUUCGCCAUCUCGUAG